GAAGCGUACCUCCUCCUCUAAAUGGCGAGACGACUAUCGGACCAACAGUGUUGGCAGCUUAAUUAUCUACACGUGUGAUGAUGGCUUCGACCUUGUUGGAAGCUUUGCUCUUUUCUGUGAAGCCAACGGCAGAUGGAAUGCUUCGGCACCCUCGUGUACAAUACGUGAAUGCUCCUAUUUAAUCCAUCCAACCAAUGGACAGGUUAAAUACAUCAAUAUCACAUUUGCAUCAAUUGCGACGUAUGAAUGCAACAUUGGUUUUGAACUGAUUGGUGUUUCAACACGUGAAUGUCUCGGCAACAAAUCCUGGAGCGAUGAAGGGCCUGUCUGCAAAAUUAAGGACUGCGGUCCCCCACAUAUUCCCAGCAAUGAUUACGUGUCAGGCAAUCUGACCACGUACAGUGCGUUAAGCCAGUAUUUCUGCAACACUGGAUAUGAUCUGGUUGGAGGCAGCAUGUCCACGUGUACUCAAUACGGCAACUGGAGUGCACCCGGCAUAUUUUGCCAAAUAAAAGAUUGCGGACCGCUCAUUAGCCCCAACAGUUGUCACGUUUCGUACGUCAACACGACGUACACGGAACGCGCGUAUAAAAGCUCUGAACCCGGAUAUGACAUAAUUGGUAACGCGACAAGAGUUUGUAAGGCGAAUGGAACAUGGUCCGGAAUACCACCGUCAUGUCAAAUCAAAGAUUGUGGCGGUUUGCCUGCGCCACUGAAUGGAAAGGUGAUCCACCCUUUGACGACAUACGGCUCCUACGCUCUGUUCGUGUGUGACGAGGGCUACCACAUCGUGCCUGACGGCAUGAACAAUCGCCAAUGUCUGGCGAACGGGACAUGGGGAUCCGUGAAUCCGAGCUGCAAGCUAACUGACUGCGGACCACUCCUGACUCCACAACACGGACACGUUGUCUUUAACUCCACCCUGUAUGGCGCGCAGGCUUCUGUGUCUUGUGAUGUGGGUUACGAACUGGCCGGUCCCGAAACUGUGACUUGCACAACAUUCGAGCAAUGGUCAUAUGUGUCUCAUUCCUGCACCAUAAAAGAAUGUCAGGUCCCUGUUGCGCCAAGCAAUGGCAACGUCAACUAUAUCUCGGUUCAUUUCGGCUCCAUGGUAACAUACCGAUGUCUAGCUGGGUACACUCUAGUGGGAGAUGUUUCCAGGACAUGCGGAGCAGCCGCCACGUGGACCGGAGAAACACCAUCAUUUGUUAUAAAAAAUUGUGGGAGUCCAGUGCAUGUGCUGAACAGUUUAACGGUGCUCAAUUCGACGAACUACCUAUCACAGGCUCACAUCGCCUGUCUCGAGGGGUUCGAUAUUGUUGGGAGCAAGUUGGUUUUCUGUUCGCAAGAUGGCAUUUGGAAUGACUCAAACAUUUAUUGCCGUAUAAAAGACUGCGGUCGGCCAUCGACUCCAAAGCACGGAUACGCAGUCAACAACAACACGAUAUUCGGGAGUCAAAUUGAUGUAAAAUGUAACACUGGAUACGACAUCUCGUCAAAGACCAUUGGCCAAUGCGAUUACAUGGGCAAUUGGAGCUACAGCUCUCCGGUUUGCACAAUUAAAGGUAAACAGUAA